AUGGGCCACUCAGGUGUGGUGGAGUCGCUUGCUUGGGAUCCUGUUCAUCGACGUCUGGCGAGUGCCGCUGGUGGUCUCCUGCAUCUUUGGAACCUGACACCAGACAAAACCCUCACGACCAUUGCCUCGCAGCCUGAGAAACAGUCAUACAUUGCCUGCACAGUUCACUUCUAUGACAAUGGUGCUUCCCUCCUAGUGUCAUAUCUGGAAAGUGGUGAAAUAUCUAAAGUGGUGCAAGAAGGUGCAAGGAACGGCAAUGCUGUUCUCAAGGGCAGUUUUCUGCUCAUGAGCAAUCUCAAAGAUGGGGUGGAUAAAUACACCAUUCCUACCCUCCAGCACGUACAGUCCUAUAACCAUGUGAUCCUUCACAAUGUUCCUCUGCAAAUCUCCGUUGCUCAGCAGGCAGGACUUAUUUUUGUUGGUGGUGAUGAUGGAUUUGCUCGUGUAUUUGAUUACAGCACAGGGACAUACCGAGGACAGUUGGCACAUGGGAAUUGGGGUGAUCAGAUCAUCCCCAUCAUUUGCAUGAAGGGUGGGCUGGGUGCACUGUUGUUACUGGCAGCUGCUUUAAUGGGCAUAGUAGCAUGA